AUGAACGGGGACAUUUCGUCGGGCCGUAGAUCUCACCCCCCGGGGCAGACUACAAAUCGUGGAAGGAAACGAAUUCACUGGGCCCCAUUGAAUAUCGGCCUUGAACGACGCUUGCAGACCUUUGUCGUCUUAUGUCACACCCUCACAAUUGCCAUAUUUGUCACUAGCUUUUUCUUUACCUGCGCUAUCCCUCUAUUUUGGCCUCUUCUUCUGCCUUAUCUGGUCUAUAUUUCAUUGUUCUCAACGGCACCCACGUCCGGGGAUUUGAAAGGGCGAAGUUCAUUCUUACGAUCACUUCCUAUUUGGUCAAUUUAUGCAUCUUAUUUCCCCGCUCGUCUUCACCGAGAAGAGACUCUACCUCCGACCAAGAAGUACAUCUUUGGAUACCACCCACACGGAAUCAUUUCGCAUGGCGCCUUCGCUGCCUUUGGGACCGAGGCCCUGGGGUUCUCGAAGCUGUUCCCCGGCAUCACCAACACCCUAUUGACCCUGGACUCGAAUUUCAGAAUUCCCUUCUAUCGAGAGUAUGCGCUUGCAAUGGGGCUAGCCAGUGUGUCUCGCGAAUCAUGUGAGAAUAUUCUGACUAAAGGUGGUGCGGAUAACGAAGGAAUGGGGAGGGCCAUCACUAUUGUCAUUGGUGGGGCCAGGGAAUCUCUCAAUGCGCAGCCUCAUAGUUUACGCUUGGUGUUGAAAGGCCGUAAAGGCUUCGUCAAGCUUGCCAUUCGCACGGGAGCCGAUUUGGUACCCGUUCUAGCAUUCGGGGAAAACGACCUAUACGAACAAGUGCACUCGGAUCAGCAUCCACUGAUUCACAAACUCCAGAUGCUGAUAAAGCGUACCAUGGGGUUCACAAUCCCGCUAUUCCAUGCGCGGGGGGUGUUCAACUACGACGUUGGUUUGAUGCCCUACCGACGGCCGCUGAACAUCGUGGUUGGACGGCCGAUUCCCGUGAUGCAGCAGCAGAAUCGUGAUAAAAUUGACGACACAUACAUCGACCAACUUCAUUCCAAAUACGUCCAAGAAUUGCAGCGAUUAUGGGACGAGUGGAAAGAUGUUUAUGCCAAAGACAGAGUAGGCGAACUAGAAGUCACUGCGUGA